GCGAAUACCUUUCUGGCAACACUAUAAAAUAAUUUUUUGCAAGCGACGUCCCAUUUUUUCAUUGGAAAAUAAAUCAGUUUUAUUUAAAUAAAACAAUAAAAAUUGGAUACAGAUUCUUUAGAAUAACUAGAGAUAGUAAGAAGCGUAAGAGUUACUACUAGUCCAAAAUAUUCUCAAUUAUCGAUCAGAGGAAGGAAGGAAAGAAAGAAGAAAAAAAACCGAUACCGAGUCUGGCGUUUGCAUUUGUAUUAGUGUGCGGAGAAAAAUUAAAAAAUGGCAGCGAGCGACAAAUCUGUUGAUGAUUCUCUAUAUCCCAUUGCGGUGUUAAUUGAUGAACUGAAAAAUGAGGAUGUGCAGUUGCGGCUAAACUCCAUCAAAAAGCUAUCGACAAUUGCUUUGGCCUUGGGUGAGGAACGCACACGAUCAGAAUUGAUACCAUUUCUCACGGAAACAAUCUACGAUGAGGAUGAAGUGCUCCUGGCUCUUGCGGAUCAACUUGGAAACUUUACAAGUCUAGUCGGCGGUCCUGAAUUUGCCAUGUAUUUGAUACCACCACUCGAGAGUUUGGCCACCGUCGAGGAAACUGUUGUACGGGACAAGGCCGUGGAAUCCCUACGCACUGUGGCCGCUGAACAUAAUGCCCAGGAUUUGGAAAUUCAUGUUGUGCCAACACUUCAACGUUUGGUCUCUGGCGAUUGGUUCACUUCACGUACUUCUGCAUGUGGCCUCUUUUCCGUUUGCUAUCCACGCGUCACUCAGCCGGUGAAGGCUGAAUUGCGUGCCAAUUUCCGAAAACUAUGCCAAGACGAGACGCCCAUGGUGCGACGUGCAGCGGCCAAUAAACUGGGUGAAUUUGCCAAAGUCGUCGAGACCGAAUAUCUAAAAUCUGAUUUGAUACCGAACUUUGUUCAAUUGGCCCAAGAUGAUCAGGAUUCUGUACGUUUAUUGGCCGUAGAAGCUUGCGUAAGCAUUGCGCAACUGUUGCCCCAAGAUGAUGUUGAGCACUUGGUUCUUCCCACUUUGAGGCAAUGCGCCAGUGACUCAUCAUGGCGUGUACGUUAUAUGGUGGCUGAGAAAUUUGUUGAUCUGCAGAAGGCAGUGGGCCCUGAGAUAACACGUGUCGAUUUGGUGCCCGCAUUCCAAUAUCUGCUCAAGGAUGCCGAAGCUGAGGUACGCGCUGCUGUUGCCACCAAGGUCAAAGACUUUUGCGCGAAUCUGGAUAAGGCCAAUCAGGUUCAAAUCAUACUUAGUUCGAUAUUACCAUAUGUAAGAGAUUUGGUCUCUGAUCCAAAUCCUCAUGUUAAAUCCGCAUUGGCUUCUGUUAUUAUGGGCCUGAGCCCAAUGCUGGGAGCCUAUCAAACUGUGGAGCAACUAUUGCCAUUGUUCCUUAUCCAACUGAAAGAUGAAUGCCCAGAAGUGCGUCUGAAUAUUAUUUCCAAUUUGGAUUGUGUCAAUGAUGUUAUCGGUAUUCAGCAGCUAUCCCAGUCUCUUCUACCCGCCAUUGUGGAACUUGCCGAAGAUUCCAAGUGGCGAGUGCGUUUGGCCAUCAUCGAGUAUAUGCCCGCAUUGGCUGGUCAAUUGGGACAGGAGUUCUUUGAUCAAAAGCUGCGUGGUCUAUGCAUGGGCUGGCUAAAUGAUCAUGUCUAUGCCAUUCGUGAGGCUGCUACCCUCAACAUGAAGAAACUGGUCGAACAAUUCGGUGCUCCAUGGGCUGAACAAGCUAUUAUACCAAUGAUCUUGGUUAUGUCACGCAACAAGAACUAUUUGCACAGAAUGACUUGUCUCUUCUGCCUCAAUGUUUUGGCUGAAGUAUGUGGCACAGAUAUUACCACAAAAUUGUUGCUACCCACUGUAUUGUUAUUAGCUGCUGAUCCUGUGGCCAAUGUACGUUUCAAUGUGGCUAAAACAUUGCAAAAGAUAUCACCAUUCUUGGAGGCCAGCGUUAUUGAUGCACAGGUGAAGCCCACACUGGAUAAACUUAAUGGGGAUACAGAUGUGGAUGUUAAGCAUUUUGCAGCACAAGCAAUUGCUGGUAUAGCAGCAGCGUAAUCAAUCUUCUUGCAUCUUUUUUAUUCUAUUUUUAAAAUGUAUGUAAUUUAAUGCCGGAAACAAAAAAAUAUAAAAUUAUGAAGCAACACUUAAGAAUGGCAAAUUGUAGUGGAGCCACAACUCACCAUCGUUAACACCACAACCACCACCAACACACACCCCCCAUCCCCUGCAAUUAGUGUAAAACGCUAAAGCUGGAGCUGGAGCUUCUCUCUCUCCCUCUGCGGUCUGGUUGAGGCCUAAAGCAACUGCAUCAUCAAAACAGUCUACAGCUAGAAAGGAACAGUUUGGAAGCCAAGUCGGCAGCUUGGGAGGAAUCAACCACAACAUAAUGCGACACAAGAAAACAUUAUUACUUACAUACUUAUAUUCUUAUAUUAUAUAACAUUAAAUUACCACAUAGGCAUACAAACAAAAAUCAUUAUAAAACAAAACAAAAAACCACAAAAAAGAAAUGUAGAGUUGAAUAUUUGAUCGCAUCUGAAUGCAAAAUAAAAAAUUAAAUAAAA